AAUUAUUGGGCACUGAGCAUAUGAUUCAUAAUUGAGAGUUUGGGGCUGGGUUUUAAUGGUGAUGAGGUCUCUUCUUCUACUGUUCCUCUGCGUCACUUGUUCCGCGUAUACUAAUCCAUCAGAUGUUUCGGCUCUGAAGUCGUUGAUGAAGCAAUGGAAAAACACGCCACCGAGUUGGCAGCAGUCGAAAGAUCCCUGCGGCGAACGGUGGGAUGGAGUGAUCUGCACCAAUUCGAGGGUGACCACACUGAAAUUAUUUAGCAUGGGCCUUGAAGGUACAUUAAGCGACGAUAUAGGGAAGCUUGAUCAACUGCAGACCUUGGACUUGUCCUACAAUCACAAACUUGGAGGUCCACUCACACCAGCAAUUGGGAACUUGACACAGCUAACUUCCCUGAUCCUGGUUAAGUGUAGCUUCACCGGUAGCAUCCCAGAUGAACUAGGCAAUCUACGGCAACUCACCUUCUUGGCGCUGAACUCAAACAAGUUCAUAGGAAGGAUACCUGCUACAUUGGGAAAGCUUUCGAACAUCUCUUGGCUAGACCUUGCUGAUAAUCAGCUGAAUGGAACUCUCCCGCUGUCAACGAAUGCGUCUUCGGGCUUGGAUCAACUCCUCAAUGCACAACAUUUCCAUUUAAACAAGAACCAGUUAUCGGGUUCGAUACCAAAAAAUCUUUUCAAUGCCAGUAUGACACUACGACACCUGCUUCUUGAUAGAAACCAAUUAAUAGGGGGGAUUCCAGAGUCGGUCGGACUUGUGGCCUCACUUGAGAUCCUCCGCCUGAACAACAAUAACCUGACCGGCACAGUUCCUUCAAGUAUUAGAAAUCUUCCACAUCUCCACGUACUAAAUAUAUCAAACAACAAUCUUAAUGGACAAAUGCCCAAUUUAACGGGGAUGACUCGUCUUCAAAAUGUUGAUAUAAGCAACAAUAAAUUUGAUCCUUCAGAAGUUCCUAGUUGGUUAACGGGUUUGACAGGCCUAAGAACUCUUAUGAUGCAGUCUGCUAGGCUUCAUGGACAAGUGCCGCAAGAAUUGUUCAGCUUUCCUGGUCUGGAGAAAGUAAUGCUGGACAACAAUGAAUUGAACGGAACCCUUGACAUGAGCAACAACAUCAGCAAGAACUUACAGAUUGUGAGCUUUGAAAACAAUUCUAUUAACUCGAUUACACUAUCUUCCAACUACAACAACACACUAAUACUUUCAGGAAAUCCUGUAUGCAGCAACCCCCAUCUCUUGAAUACAGCUUAUUGUGAGAUACAGCAAGAAACAUUGACGCCUAGUUCGUCUGAUAAUAUAACUUGUUCCCACCCAUAUGAGGGUGUUAUGAUGUUCCGUGCUCCUUCGUUUGGCAUUAUGCUGGACGAGUUCAUCUCAAAACUGGAGGCAAAUGUAGCAGCAAAUCUUAGCUGUACUCCACAUAGCUUGACUCUCGAAGAUCCCUUCUUCGAUGAGGAUGGGUAUCUUGAGGUGAAGCUGGUAAUCUGUCCAUCUAAUAAAAACUACUUCAACCGUUCUGAGAUAUUGGAUUGCUUCGAUAUAAGCAGCCAAAAGUUUAUACCACCGGAGAUGUUCGGACCAUACUAUCUUUCUGCAAAUCCAUAUUCAUUUCAAAAUCGAGUUAUCAGAGGAUUGGCAAUUGGAAUGAUAAUUGGUUUUUCUCUCCUGCUCAUUGGACUUGUGGCGCUUCUACUCUUUGCCCUACGGCAAAAGAAACAAGCUCAGAGAGCCAUUUCGCUGAGCAAUCCUUUUGCAUCGUGGGUGUCAAAUGGUGAAGAAAGCGAUGGGGCACCGCAACUAAGUGGGGCAAAAUGUUUCACUUAUGACGAACUAAAGAGGAGCACUAAUGAUUUCCGAGGCAUUAAUGAAAUUGGAUCAGGAGGCUAUGGAAAGGUCUACAAAGGAAUGCUUCCCGAUGGAAGGAUAGUCGCAAUUAAGAGAUCUCAGCAAGGCUCAAACCAAGGUGGACUAGAAUUCAAGACCGAAAUCGAGCUUCUCUCUAGGGUUCAUCACAAAAAUCUGGUUGAACUAGUUGGUUUUUGCUGCGAGAAAGGGGAACUAAUCCUUGUUUACGAAUUCAUGAGUAACGGAACUAUAAGAGAGACUUUGUCAGGAAGGAGUGGCAUACAAUUGGACUGGACCAGGAGACUUAGGAUAGCUCUGGAUUCAGCUAGAGGAUUAACUUAUCUUCAUGAACAUGCUAAUCCUCCGAUUAUUCACAGAGAUGUCAAGUCUUCGAAUAUCCUUUUGGAUGAGAAAUUGACAGCAAAGGUCGGGGAUUUUGGUCUCUCGCUACUGGUUGCAGACAGCGAGAUGGGUCAUUUCACUACGAACAUUAAAGGAACACUGGGUUAUCUGGACCCGGAGUAUUAUAUGACGCAGCAACUGACGGGGAAGAGUGAUGUUUAUAGCAUGGGAGUGGUAUUGUUAGAGCUGAUAACUGCGAUGCUGCCUGUACAUAACAAAAAACACAUUGUUAAUCACGUGAAAAUCGCACUGGAUAAGCAAGACAAAGAAUUCUGCGGUUUGAAGAGUAUAAUAGAUCCAGUUAUCUCUAAUUCCGGAAAACUCGUUGGUUUUGAGAGCUUUGUGGAUUUGGCACUGCAAUGUGUAGAAGAAUCAGCCGAAAACCGACCGACAAUGAGUGAUGUCGUAAAGGAGAUCGAGGCUAUCUUGAGGAAUAAUGGAAUGAAAACUACCUCAACUUCAGAAUCUUCAUCGCCCGCAGAUUUUACAAGUUCGAAAGCUCGUUACCCUUACGAUGAUCUAUAUUCUAGAAGCCAUGCGAGCAGCAGUGCUUUUGCGUACAGCGGUGGAUUUCCUUCUCGAGGCAGCUCGAGGCCGAGCAGCAGUUAAUCUUUCUUGGCACUUCAAUUUUAGUUUCAGAAGUUUCGUUGCAUAAUUUGAAUCAUUGGAUGCCCUUCUCACCUCCUUGUCUUUUUGAAGAAUAAUGAGAUACAUGAAGGAGCAAUUGGAAGAGAUACUAGUUCAUAGAAAGGUAAUUAUGUUUAGGAUGUAUAAAGGAUUUUUCUUUUCUUUUCUUUUAAGUGUUAAUGUAAAAUGGUUUUGGGUUGAUAAAUGUACAAUUUGUGACACCACCAAGUUUUCUGUAAUUUUUCUUUGUUUUUAUUGAAACUCGAGUAGACCAUUUUGCGAGCUUA